GCAUUUUCUCAGCUUCUGAAAGCUUCCCGGUCGCCGGUAGAGGCCCUUCUUUUUCCAGUGUCACAUUGAGAUCUCGGCAACUUAGCGCCGCGACUUCUCACCGAUGGUCUUCAGCCCCGCCCUUCGCCGUCGCCUGCUGCGCGGCAUGAGCUGCGCGGCGGGCGGGACAGCGGUGCUGGGGCUGGGACAAGUGGCCAAACUGCGAUGGCAAUACGAAUGCCCAGGGGAGCCCGUGGGGCAACGGCACGGCAACGCAGGAGCAGCUUUUCAAGGAAAGCCUUUGAAGCUUCUCUUCGUUGGAGAUUCCAUCGCAGUGGGUGUAGGCGCCAAAGUGGCUGCGCCUCUGCAGGCCGCCUGCGCGUGUCGCUUGGCCUCGCUGCAGCGGCGGCCCGUGGAGUGGCGCACCAUCGCGGCCAACGGCGCGGACGUGCGCGAGCUCAACGAGCUCCUGGAGCCAGGAAGCAAUGGCGACUCCCAGGUGGUUGACUUGGGCUUUGACAUUGCUGUGGUGCUCUGCGGUGUCAACGAUGGUAAGAAGUUUUGGCAAGGCGGCCGCUGUCGCUGCAGCCCGCGGGGGUAUUAUAUAUACAUUAAUAGUACCCAAAAAGAUGUGGAACAUAUUGGAAAGUACGCUAUCACUGUUCUAGUAGGAUUUUCUAUGUUUUUUGGAGCUAUUCUAGGUGUGUUUGUUUGA